AUGCCUCCGAAGAAGAAAUGUACCCACAAGGCCAGGAAGGCAGAGCUGGUAUUCCUUGAGAGGCCGCGAGAGGGACCCGUCCAUUGCUAUGAAACACCGCUACCUUCGGCCAAGAAGCCAAGACGUGUUCUUACAAAACCUGUAGACCAGAACACCUCUGCCUGGGUAUGUCCACAAUUUGAAACAACUAAGUCAGUGGUGUUGAAACCAUGCCAGAAGAAGCACUAUGGACCUCACAAAGCUCAGAAUCAGGAUGCCAACCACAGUUCGCUUCAUGCAGGAGGAGCUUGUCGAAGAGGUAUAGCCUGCAAAUUUCCUCCUUUAGCUUUUGAGAAUCCAGAAGGAUAUGCAGUCCACCCCUCAGAUCAUCCAAAUGGCUCGAGGAAGAACACACAGCGCUCUCACAACCAGCCCAAGAAAGGGACAGCAGCAAAAGCCAAUGUCCGGGUGAACAGUCUGCAGAACUGUAGAGAAAUACCUUUGUUACCUGUUCCCCAGCCUGUGGAGCCAGAAGUCUUUAGUCUACCAGAUGCAGAGACUCCACAGGUGCCUCCCAUAAGGAACUGGAAUUGCAGCAGCACUCUGCCACAAACAAGUAGCCAUGCCUGGCAUCCAGAAAAAGAGCUGGCAUUUGGUAUUGAUCCCAGUGAGAGAGGGGAGUCAGCAGCAGUACUGGUUACAGAUACUCCUGAGCAUGAGUAUGGAGUAAAGGUUACUUGGAGACAAAGGCCUCAUCUAAUGAAAUACCUGCUGGAGACGGGGAAGCUGAGUGCUGCCGACAUACUGGUGAAGGCAAACCCUGAGCUCUCUAGGAGACAGGAUGAUGUCUGA